AUGGAUGCCAAAACCGACCUCAAUGAAGGCGAUAAUACCACUAAAUUUGCCUAUUUUGCAACAGUUGUUUCACUGUUCUGCAUUAUUUUGCUGUCAUUUAUGCUACCGUUUCUUUACUACAAACUUAGUGACGCACAAGUUGAACUGUCGGAACGUUCUAAGACUUUCAAGUUUAAUUCUCGACAAUUAUGGCAAGAAGUAAUUGUGUUGAAAGCAAACAGAAGAGGAAAGAGGCAAAGUUAUGGGCCACAUGGAGGAGCAGAGCCCGAAUUAUUACAAUGCACAAGUUGCGUAAAAUUACAAUGUCCACCAGGAGCUCCUGGACCACCAGGUGUUGAUGGUGAACCUGGUGCUGACGGUGAGGUGGGAAGACCUGGAAAGCCUGGAUUGGAUGGUCUUGAUAUCCCAUUAGAUCCAGAACCAAGCGUUCCCGGUGAGCAUGGUCAUCCUGGCCUGCCAGGUCGACCAGGAAAACCAGGGCGCGUAGGAGAACCAGGCGCUGCAGGACCUCCAGGAGAACCAGGAGAAAUAGGAGUUAAAGGAGCACCUGGAGACGAUUCUAUUGGCGGAACUGGGAUAAAAGGUCCACCAGGGCCUCCUGGACCACGUGGUCCUAAAGGUCCUCCUGGACCUAAUGGCUUGCCUUCAACUAAUCAUGGACCACCUGGACCACUUGGCGAAACUGGACCAAUGGGACCACCAGGUAGAAGAGGAGACCCAGGUCCGCCAGGUCCCGCAGGCCCUUCGGGAGAACCAGGAAACCAAGGCGGUCAUUGUCCAUCGUCUUGUGGAAUUCAAGAAGUUGUUGCUCCAUCCGUUAUAGAACUGGACACCUCCAACUAG